AAAGUAAUAUAAUAUAAUUGCAAAAAUAAUUGUUUGCAUGACAAGCAGUUAUGCACUUUUUCUUAAGUGAGAUUUAAAAUGCCGAACACUUAAAAUAAUCACAUAUGUACGGUCAUUGUACGUGUACUGUAGAUUUAUUGUUUCGUCUGGCGCUUCCAUGCACCACAGCACAUGGGGUCAGUAAAACACUGACGUAGACUGAUGCCAACUGCUUUUAAGCAGACGAAGAAGAACAAGCGGGGGAAACUGAAAAAGGUUUCCGACCGGCGAUGUUUCGCUGUUACACAUAGUUGGAAAGUGCUACGCCAGGACUACAGCUGUGAUGGCCAAACUUCAGGGCUUUGAGUUUUGGAGGAAAACUCUGAAAGAAGCACGCUAUGUGGUAGCUCCCAUGGUGGACCAGAGUGAGCUGGCUUGGCGUUUGCUUAGCCGCCGACACAGUGCUCAGCUUUGCUACACCCCCAUGCUGCAUGCUCAGGUGUUUGUCCGUGACGCCAACUACAGGAGGGAAAACCUCUACAAUGAAGUUUGUGAGGAGGACAGGCCUCUUAUUGCACAGUUUUGUGCCAAUGAUCCAGAGGUGUUCCUUCAGGCAGCUUUGCUGGCUCAGGAUUAUUGUGACGCCAUUGAUCUCAACUUGGGCUGUCCACAGAUGAUCGCUAAGAGAGGACACUAUGGAGUUUUUCUACAAGAUGAAUGGGACCUAUUGGAAAAAAUGGUCAGCUUAGCCAACGAAAAGCUCAAAGUGCCAAUCACGUGCAAGAUCCGUGUGUUCAAGGAGGUUGAAAAGACAGUCCGCUAUGCCCAGAUGCUCGAGAACGCUGGAUGACAGCUGCUGACAGUGCACGGCAGAACCAAAGACCAGAAAGGCGCCAUGACAGGUAUCGCUAGCUGGGAGCACAUAAAGGCUGUACGGCAGGCGGUAAAUAUUCCAGUAUUUGCUAACGGCAACAUCCAGCACCUCAGUGAUGUGGAGCGCUGCAUUCAGGAAACAGGCGUGCAGGGAGUGAUGAGUGCAGAGGGGAACCUCCAUAACCCAGCGCUGUUUGAAGGCCGCAGCCCCCCGGUGUGGGAAAUGGCUGAGGAGUAUCUAGAGGUGGUGAAGCAGUAUCCUCCAUGUACUCUGUCCUAUGUUCGAGCCCACCUCUUCAAGCUGUGGCAUCACACGCUGCAGAUCCACCAGGACCUGAGGGAGGAGUUGGCCAAGGUGAAGACUCUGGAGGGUUUGGCUGACGUUAGCAAACAGCUGAGGCUUCGCUGUCAGGAGGAGAUAGCCAAAGGAAAAGAUUCAGAAGAUAAAGAAAGCGGACUUCCUUUCCCCCACUGGAUCUGCCAGCCAUAUGUCAGACCAGUGCCAAAAGAGACGGUUACCAACGGUAACAGCCAGGCAUCAGUGUUGAAAAAGACAGUUUGUCAGAAGAGGGCACUGGAGGACUGUGAGUCAGCUGACACACUCUCUAAAAACAAGCAGAAGAAGAGAUCCCGCAACCCCAAAAAGAACUUCUGCCCCGAACAGAAACCCAAAUACAUCAAAUGUGAACAAUGUGGUAACCCAAAGGGAAAUAAGUGCGUCUUCAGCCUUUGUCGAGGCUGCUGUAAGAAGAAGGCUUACAAAGAAGUGGCAGACUGUCCAAGCCACGGGCUGAGGUUCAAGACCAAGGCAGAGAAACGGAAAGCAGAGGAGAAGGAGCAGGCGGAGAGAUCCACAGCAGAGGUUGAAAGAAGCGACCACAUUCCUCAGCCUCUGCAGGAUUCAAGAAGGGAACUGGAGGAGCCUCGGCUGCUGCUAUGAGCAGGACUGCAGCCAUCUCUGCGUGCACAAGCCACACACUCACUGGAGGGUGGAAGCAGUGCAUGCAGUAGUCGGUGCAUACUGUGUACACAGCUGCUAAGUAGUCUGUUUGGGACUGAUGGUGAAGUGUCAUCAAUCAACAGACCAAAAAAUAAAAGCUUAUUUUUAUGUAAAAGAGAUUUCUAGGUGAAUAAGCAGUCGGGCGGGGGACUAUUUAUUUUUUUUACUUUUUUUUUUUUUUUUUUU